AUGGCGCCAAACGAAAUGGAAAGGAGAAAAGUACUUGCUUGGUUUUUUUAUACGCGCAUGAAAGAGAAAAGAAAAACGAUUGCAAAUUAUAAUGGUAAACCUGUAUGUGUACCAUGGUUAAGGUCUAUAAAACGGCGAAAAAUGGAAAAUUUACAAGCUAUUUUAGCUGGUGCUUUUUAUCCACGUAUUAGGGAAGUUUGGAUGCGUCCUCGAUCUUCUGCUUGGUUUGAAAUGGUAGAAACUUACUUCACGGAUGACCAAUGGUAUGAUAACUUUAGAGUGACUAAAGGUACCUUUGCAUUCAUUUUAAGUAAGAUCAACUUAGACAUAUCACAUAAGGACACGGUCAUGCGAAAUGCUGUACCUGCGAAGCGUCGCCUAGCCAUCACAUUAUACUUCCUUGCAUCAACAGCAGAGUACAAAACAAUUGCUAACUUGUUUGGAGUUUCUGCUGCUUUUGUAUGUAUUUGUGUAAAGGAGGUGUGUCAUGCUGUCCGGAAACGUUUGCCAACUGUAGUCAGCUUUCCAGAAGGAGAAAAUCUACUCCAAAUUAUCAGGCGCUAUGAAGAGAAAUGGGGAUUUCCUAUGUGUGCUGGUGCUAUAGACGGUACCCACAUCCCUGUAUUGGCACCUUCACAAAGCCACAUAGAUUAUGUCAACCGCAAAGGCCAACAUAGCAUUGUCAUGCAAGCUAUUGUUGAUUGUUAUUAUUUAUUCAGAGAUAUAGUUGUAGGAUGGCCAGGUAGUGUGCAUGAUGCACAUGUUUUGUCUAAUUCAAGCAUAUUUGAGAAGGCAAAUUCUAACAAAUUGUUUCAAGGGAUACCGAGCAAAUUAAUAGGUGACCAAAACAUCCAUCCCCUUAUUAUUGGAGAUCCAGCAUACCCACUACUGUCAUGGCUAAUGAAGCCCUAUCCUGAAAAUGCAAACACUCCCAGGAUUGAGAGAGUAUUUAACUACAGAUUAAGUUGUGCACGAAUGACUGCAGAAAACACUUUUGGUCGAUGGAAAGGGAGAUUUAUUAGGUUCACAAAGAGAGUGGACAUUGAAGUGUCAUGUCUGGGUAGUAUCGUUGCAGCAUCUUGUAUCUUGCACAACAUAUGUGAGGUACAGAACAAUGCAUUUCUUCCUCACUGGGAAUUAGAACAUGUCCAUGAUGAACCAGUCAUGUCUGUUAAUGAUCAUAAUGCAAAUGAUGCUGUUGACAUUCGAGAUUGUUUGGCACAGUACUUUAUCUUACACCCAUACUAG